CAGCAACAUUUCCUUCACUGUUGAACCUGUCAGGCUGAGGAAGGAGUGGAACCGGAGCACUAGCCAGCCAGCCAGGAGGAGAGGAGAAAGGAGAGAUGCUGCCUGAUACGCCUCCUCCCUGAGAGCAGCGAAGACUGAACUUCUGGGUGGGAUAUGAACCCCUCCCUCCAACACUGGGAAGAAAUAUUUUUGGGCGACAGGUCUAUCAACUGCCUGGUCUCUUUGCUUAUGCUAAACACAUUAUGAAGGUUGAUGGAAGGGCUGGACUCUUCAAAGGUUUAACACCUAGGCUGUGCUCGGGAGCCAUUGGCACGAUUGUGCACAGUAAAGUUUUACAGCAGUGCCAGGAACGUGACCAAGCUGAGGAACCAGGGAGCACGCGUAAGGAGUCUGGGUCUUCCCUGGAGCAAGUUAUUAAGGAGACUUCUCAAGAGAUGAUUGCACGUUCUGCUGCUACACUGGUAACCCAUCCUUUUCAUGUGAUCACCUUGAGGUGUAUGGUGCAGUUCAUUGGCAGAGAGACCAAGUACAGUGGGGUACUUAGCUCCUUUGUCACCAUUUAUCGGGAAGAAGGCAUCCUUGGAUUUUUUGCGGGCCUUAUUCCUCGCCUGCUGGGGGACAUCCUGUCCUUGUGGCUCUGUAAUAUGCUGGCCUACCUCAUCAAUACCUAUGCACUGGAGAAUGGGGUCUCCACCAUGACGGAGAUGAAGAGUUAUUCUCAGGCUGUCACAGGAUUCUUUGCCACGAUGCUGACUUACCCUUUUGUGUUGGUCUCAAAUCUGAUGGCUGUCAAUAGUUGUGGCCUUGCUGGUGGCCUCCCUCCAUAUGCGCCAGCUUAUGCUUCCUGGUUAAACUGCUGGAGCCAGCUGCACAGGGAGGGCAACAUGAGCCGAGGAAGCAGUCUGUUUUUCCGGAAGGUGCCUACAGGGAAGCGGUAUGUGUGGGAGCAGAAGAGAUUUCACUGAGUCCUGGCCUCUUCCAGCUGCCCCAGAUGCACAGAAUGAUGGCAGUGUGUUGAUUUCUAUAGUGUCUCUUUUUUUAAAAAAAAUAAUCAUUUAAACUUGGGAAAUGGA